CCAAGGCCUUUUUCUCUUAAAAGGUCAUUCAUUGCCCAUUCUGCUUUUCCCACCAGGACCAAUGUCUAUAAAAGUGAGAAUCUGGGGAGCUGCCAGUCCGAUUGGUCUACUGCUGACAGAGGAAGAAAAACCUGAGGAAAGAAGACCAACUGUGAUUGUUCUGGUCCAGAAAUCAGUGGAGGAUCUUUGAAGUGCAUUUCAGAUAACAAAUUGGGACCACAUCCUAGAAUCAGAGAUUUUCAUCCAUAAAGGAAACAUUACCAUCCUCUUCAUCAUUCGGACAGAGCCCUCACUCCACCAGCCCAUGUACUACUUUCUGUCCAUGUUGGCUCUGACAGAUCUGGGUCUGUCUACUGUGACUCUGCCCACUAUGUUCAGCGUCUUUUGGUUCCAUGCCCGGGAGAUCUCCUUCAUUGCCUGUGCAGUCCAAAUGUACUUCAUCCAUGUGUUCUCCAUCAUUGAGUCAGCCGUGUUGCUGGCCAUGGCAUUUGACCGUGUUGUAGCCAUCCGGGAGCCACUUCGUUAUUCAGCUAUCCUUACUAAUGGUGUAAUUAUUAGGAUUGGACUAGCCAGUGCUGGAAGAGCCCUGAUGCUGGUCUUCCCAGUUCCUUUCCUUUUGAAAAGGUUGCAGUUUCAUACCAUCAAUACUCUCUCCUACCCCUUUUGUCUACACCAGGAUCUCAUCAAGCUGACAGUGUCCAGCCGUAGGAUCAGCAGCAUCUAUGGACUUCUGGUGGUCAUCUCCUCCAUGGGACUGGACUCAGUACUGCUUCUGCUAUCCUACAUGCUCAUCGUAGUCACAGUACUGAGUGUUGCCUCCAAGACAGAGAGGGUCAAAGCUCUCAACACCUGUAUCUCCCAUAUUUGUGCUGUGCUUACUUUCUACACGCCCAUGAUUGGGUUGUCCAUGAUACGUCGUUAUGGACAGAAUGCCUCCCCAAUUGUCCAUGUGCUGAUGGCUGAUGUCUACCUGCUUGUCCCACCACUAAUGAACCCUAUUGUAUAUAGUGUCAAGACCAAACAGAUUCGCCUGCACAUCCUCAAGAAGUUCAAGAAGCAGAAGGGAUAAGGGGACCCAAAACCUUUUCUUCUUAAUAGUAAUGAUCAUACCUCACCUUUACUUAGCAUUUUAAUCUUUUUCCAAAGAAUUUUCACAUAUCUUAUGGCAUUGGCAAUGAAGGACCUAAAUUGUCUUGUUUGUUUGUUUUCUUGAAGCAGAAGAAGUUUGAUGAAAUGAGACAGAUGAUGACUGGAGCUAAAAAGGAGUCCUUGUGUUUGGACCUGUCACAUAAAAGAGGGAAGAAACUUGGUUUACUUAGAAAUGGGAAAAGGUAUAUAGAAGGGACAUAAAGGCAGAUUUCAGCUAAGUACAACAAAAAGUAUACUAAAAAAUGAAUAUUCAAAAUGAGAAUGUCUUUCCACUGAAACUGUGAGGUCUUCAACACUUGAUUAUAGAAUUCUGGAUCAGCUACUAAAAGGGACUUUAGUGGUCACUGAGUCCUAUUCCUUUAUCUCAAAUAUGAAGAAAAUGAGGCCCACGGAACUGAAAUUACUUUUCCAGGAUCAAAUAGAUAGUGCACUAAGUGGCAGAGAAUCAACCCAUAUCUUCUGAUUCAUAUCCAGAAAUUUCAUCAUGAUGACAUGCAACUUAUUCUUAUCUCUUAAUAAGAUCAUUGAAAGAGGCUUUCUGGUACUCCUUCAUUUAUGGCCUCACUCGAACCUACCCAUCCUUAUCUGUAUGGGAGGGAGAGAUCCAAUACCUCUGAGUAUCUGGUGAAGUACUAGGAAGAA